AAGCGUAUUAUUUACGAAAAGUGCUAAUUUAAGUCAAAAGUUCAGCAUUUCCAAUCAUACUUUGCGAAACUGUUUUUUCUGCUGACAGAACGAAUUUGUUUACCUACCUUCUUUGAUUUUAUUGCACUUUCGAACAUCGCGUAACAAAUGAACGAGCGGGUCUUGCAAACGUGACUUUUUAUUUCCAUUUCUGUGUAAAAUGUCGAAGAAGCCUUACCUUAUCCAGGAGGACAGUCCAAAUCUUGUGAUUGUGCCUAUUGAUAACAUCGAUACGCUCUACGAACCCCCACCUAAGAAAGUCAAAGAAAGUGAUGCUCCUUUGCCUGCUCCUACCCCAAGCAUUAGCCAUGCUAGUGUUUUUGCAAGAAAAUCUGGUGCAAAAGUGAAUUUCAGUGGCAGAAAUAAUGACGUCCUGAUUGAUGUACGCAAAGUUCAAAGGUCACCAACAAGUUGGGCAACUAAUUAUCUUCAGAGUAUUGGUGGGACUUCAACAAAGUUUGACAGAAUUUAUUCCUUGGCACCAAAACCAAAGUCCCAUAUCACACAUACGGAAACCAUACCAGGAAACAGAGAAACUACGUUACCAAAUACUAUUCAACACCAAACUAAAACACAAUCAGAUCAGAUAACAAUGGAGAAAAAAAAAUCUCAACCAAAGAUUAACAUCAAUCUCAUAAAACCUAAACCUCUACCUCAACCCAGCAUAGCCAAAGAAACUAGUAAGCCGAAUAGUAACACUAACAAUAAUAUAUCAACAAGUACUACAGAUGUACGAAAAGAACCAUCGUUGCCAAAAAAUUACAAGAUACCCAUGCAAUCAAAAUACAAUAAGCUUUCAAUUCACCAAGCAACAGACAAAGAAACUGCUAGGCCAAAUAUUACCAAUAGCAAUUGUAUUCAAAACAGCACUACACCAAAAAAACAGGCAUUCAUUUCGUCGUCACAAAAUAAUAACGAGACCAUUAAAACAAACCAUAAUAAAAUUGCAACCCCUAAUACAGCAACAACCAAAGAAAUUGCUGACCUAAAUAAGAAUAAAAAGCCAAAUCAAUUAAAACAUGAUUUGAAUAAUAGCCAGUACAAAAAUAACCAAGACAAAACUCAGGUAAAGAUUAACAAAAAUACCGAACAACUAAAAAAUGUCAAUGAAAUAAAACAGCUGAAAAAGAAAGUUACAGUUCAGCACAUCGAUAAACAAUAUAGAACAAAAUGUGAUGAACGAAUGCAACCUAAAUAUAGAGAAACUCAUCAAAGUCAACCGGUAAACAACAAAGAAAACGAUCAACCAAAGCAUGUUAAGGUAAUUAAACAGCUUAAAACAACUAGGCCAAGGCAUUAUAAAGACCCCAGCCCAUCCAGAAACACAAACGAAAAUAUAACUCGUAAAACACAUGAAGCUAUUAUUGCUCAUAUUAAAACUAUUAAAGAUAUGUAUAAAUUAAAGAAUAAAAAAGAUCCUACUUUUCCUACUAAACUUAAAACGAAAAAAGAACAUAUUUCAGAUAUAUCUAAAAAAACCAGUAAAUUAGAAAAACAUACUAAAUCGAAAGAAAAUCGAAGCCAAGAAAUCCAGUCAAAAAAACCUAAGGAUAAUACAGUCACAAACAAAGAAACGCAUUUGCUGCGAACUCUUACAAAGGAAGGUAUUAAUGAAAAACUAAAAACGAAACGUGCCCCAGAAAAAAAAACGGGUCAGGGUGAAUGUUCGGGAAGUAAGACUAAAAAAAUUAAAUUGUCUUCGUCUGAUAUUAACACAGCGAAAACGACAACCUUUAAAUCUGUCCAUGAAGAAAGAUUAAGUAAAAGUAUCUCCCCGAUCAAAAGCGUGGUUUCCCGAAUAAAAACAGACCAUCAAUCUUAUAAUUCAGAAAAGUUUUACCAUAAAGAAUUAGGCUAUUAUCACUCGCAUCAUGAAAAAAUAUCGGGCAAAAAAACUGCUUAUCACUGUCAAAAGUCAGAAAAACUUUUGCAAAGAGGUUUAGAUGUUGAUUUAAGAACAAAACUUAAGCGUAAAUAUCCUGAAAUCCAUUAUCGAAAAGAAGACUAUAACUGGAACCAUAUUCACAAGAAAGACAAGUUCGCCACAGUGGCAAACGGAGACCGAUUUGUGCCCGAGGAAAAUUUAAUUAUAUCAUUUAAUGCGGAAGACGACAAUGAAGAAAAACCUACAAUGAAAAAGUCACCGGUAAAGAAAUUGGCGCGUAAGCAAUCGUCACCAAAAGAUAAAAAAUGUAAAAAAAUAAAGCUAGAAAUCAAUAUUGUAUUUGGCCACGAGGAUUCCAGUGAUGAAGAAUCUACCAAAGGUGAGGUCGAGACAAGCGUCGAGACGAUGGAAAAUAUGGACCUUAGUUUCCUUGAUGACUUCAAUGUAGAUGAAAUAGCUGAAAGUCUAAAUGAGUGUAAAGACUGUACCAGAAAAAUGAAUGAGGAAGAAACUGUUGUUGAUAUCAACGCGCAACACAUCACAUCAAACAACAAUACGAUAAUAGAAGCUAUGGCUAGUGAAGAAAGUGUGAUAUUUAAUACAAAUGAAAGUAUGUGUAAAGAUAAGUUUGCCGAAAAUAAAACAGAAUAUCGCCAAGAACCUACAUUGCUGCCAACAGUCGAUAAAAAUAGUGCCUGCUGUGAAGAAACCCAAAACACAAUUAAGUCGGAUAUAAGAACAGGGUUAGAUAAUACAACUACAGAACAAAGCGCCAGUCCUGAAACCAAAACGGAUAUAUUCCAGAAUUACAAUUCUGAAGACAAUAACGUACGGGCUCCACCUUCGGAAGUACCUACGGUAAAGACGAGUUCUGAGAAUUGUACUGACUCAGAUCACAAUAGCAAUAUCUCAAUUCAUAAAGCUCAAGAAUCUACCGCGAUGAAUAUGAGUAAAACAAAUGUUGAUAUAGAAACAAACGACAGCAAAAAUUUGAUUACAAUGCUAGAGAAUAAUUCUAAACGAGCUGAGUUAGUGAAUAAAAUGGACCAUCCAGAAAUCAUAAAACAACAUCUAACAUCUUCUGAAAUACCUGUGGCAACGUCGAAUUCUGAUAGUAAUAUUUACUCUGAUCACAACGAUCUUAUAGAUGCUCUUCAAGAUAAUAGUAAUGUAGAAAUGAAUGCGAUUAAAUCCUUUAUUGCAUCUAUGAACAAUUCUAAUACGCCUUACAAAACUGAGAUUAAACAAAUGGACACAGUCAAGACUUUUGACCAGAAUACAACUGAAAUAUUGGCGUGCAUUAAACCAGAUCCUGAUGUUAUUUUAAUUGAAGAUUCAGACAGUGACAAUGAAACAGAAGUUAAAAACAAACAGCCGACGAAAGGAGAAAAUACAGAUAACAUACAGCCUAGCCAGGUAAUUUCGCCAGAUAAAAAAGAUGAAGUAAGAAUUAUAGAACCUGCUGGAGAAAACUCUAAAUCAAUAUUAGACACAAAUGAAGAAGGCUUACAGUCUGCUAAGGAAACUUGCCCAGUGAAAUCAGAUGAAGUAAUAACUAUUGAACCCACUGGCGUAAACUCAGAAUCAGUAUUAAUAUUAGACACAGACUACGACAUUGAAGAAAAUAUCGAUACUAGCCAGUUAGAUGAAAGUAAUCAGGACGCUAACAGUGAAAAUAUAACUACGGUUGAACAAAGCAAGCCUGACAAAACAGCACUGAAAGAUACUUCCAACGAAAUUGACACAAAUACGAAUACUAAAAUUAAUUCGGAAAGUGAAAAAACUUUAAUUCAAGAUAAGGUAACAAAUAAAACACAACCUGGAACAGCAAGCAUACAUAGUAGCAAAGAUAACAAAGAUAAUUUACAGGAUACUAUUAAAGUAGCCGGUAAAACUGAUACAAAAACAUCUGAUAAGCCUUCAAGUAAAAAACCAACAGCAACUGACGAUAUACCCGAAAAAUGUACACCAAAUAUUAGCACAAAACUUGAUACAAAGGCGCACAAUAAAGAAAAACAAGAUGUUGACAAAGAUGGAGAAAAUACAGGAGUUGAAAGAAGUCGCUGUAUAGCCAAUAACAAAUUUGUACAAACACUGGAAUCAGAAUUGUUUUUGUAUUUGGGAGAAAAAUGCAUAGUUACAGACAUAAUACGGUACGAUGGAAAAUUCUCCAAAAUAUAUCGUUGCAAAGAUUCUAGCAAACAGGAUUAUGCUAUAAAAAUAUUGAAAAAACAGUUCAACGGCUACAACGUAGGUCUUCAGAAGCAAAAUAUGAUGAUGGAACUGCAAAACGGCGUUCCAGAGAACAAUCUCAACUGUGUCCGUUUGAUCACCGGAUUUGUGGCAUCUGGGUUAUGGUGUUAUUUGAUGGAGUAUUAUCCCAUGAAUCUCCAGCAAGCCUUAGUUGAGAACAAACGAAGUUUUCACAUUGAUCAUGUGCAGAUUUUGAGCAGACAGUUGGUAUCUGCUGUGACUAUAUUGAGGAACAAUAAUAUCAUACAUUCAGAUAUAAAACCAAGCCACAUCCUCAUCAACUCAUCGCAAACCCGACUAAAACUCUGCGGCUUCGACCAAGCAACCUACUUCAAAGACAGCAACCUCUUACCAAACACCGGCACUGUCAACUACAGGGCACCAGAGCUCAUAUUAGGCUAUCCAGCCGGCUACGGGAUAGACGUGUGGUCGACAGCGCUGGUUAUGUACGAGAUGGCGACCACUAGGAAGGCGUUCCCUGGGUUUUAUAAUAAUAAUAUACUGUACCAGCAGCUGUGUUCGCUCGGUGCUAUUCCUAUGGAGAUGUUGAUGGAGUCAAAGUUUAGGAAUGCGCAUUUUAGGGGCACGGCGUUUACGAAAAUUGUUGGGAGCAAAGAGAAAAUCAUAAUAAAUGAGAUCGAAUUCAACGGGAGACUGAAUUCCACCCUAUACCAAGCCUACACCGCCGAUUGGGGGAAAGAGAGAGACGUGGCGAGCAAGCGAGAGGACAAGAGGAAACUGCGCUCGUUUUUGGACCUCCUUCAUAAUAUGCUAGUUAUGCAUCCGCGGUGCCGGAUCGCCAUUGAAUUCGUGUUCGCUAACCCUUUCAUUUACGAGUCCUUCGAUGACUGUUGAACUAUUUAGUGAAGAUUAUAGGAGAAUGUUUACGUUUUAAUUUGUUUAAUUUUGUUAUGUGAAGAGUAAAUUUUAA